AUUGAUAAUUAUUAAUUUUAUUAAAAAACAAAAAAUUUACAAAUUAACAACAUGCAUUGUUCUUUUUUUGUUUGUCAUAACUAGAGCUCGGAAGUUGUAUUAUUUUGCAUCGUUUUUUAAAUUUGAUGACUCAUAACUUGUCGUCGGUCCCAAUUCGUUAAUUUGUCUAGUCGUCGUUAGCCUGCUACAGUGCUCUACUUUUCUGGUCUACCCGGUUUGUCUCCUUGCGUCCAUGGCCAGUUACUCAUCUACCAUUCUACCCAUUCAUUUUUUUUUCACUUUUACUACGUAGUUCUUUUUUAAAGUAUUUUCCUAUUAGUAGUUUUGAUUAUUUAACACCUAUUUUAACUAAUCAAUCCGAAAUUCAAUGGUAGUGAACAAUUUCAUUAAUCAGUUGCAAUUAUAAAACAUAAAUAUGACUACUAACAGUAAAAAAUACUGUUAUCUUUCUCAAUUCAAAUGGCUGCAAAAGUUUGGCCCAUCGUUCAUGGUCAAAGCAGAAGAUAUCACAGUUUUAAAGAGCCCCUCAGAGUUUUAUCGCACACUUUUAGACCGAUGCCGUUCGGCAAAACAUCGCAUUGUAAUAGCUUCUUUAUACUUGGGCAUAGGAAAUCUGGAACAAGAACUUGUAAACACCAUAAAAGAUGCUAUGGAAAACAGGCAAAAAUUAAGCGUGAGGGUUUUGUUAGAUGCUAACCGUGGGUCAAGAGGUAAAGUAAGUUCACGUACCAUGUUGAUGUCCUUACUGAAUCCAUCAUUCGAUUGCCGUGUGUAUUUGUACCAUACCCCUAAAUUAAGAGGUCUUCUCCGGUUGCUGUUACCUGAAAGAUAUAAUGAAUUAAUAGGAAUUCAGCACAUGAAACUAUAUAUGUUUGAUGACUCUAUAAUUAUCAGCGGAGCAAAUUUAAGUCAAGAUUAUUUCACUAAUCGGCAAGACAGAUAUAUUCUCAUUGAAGACUGCAAGCCAUUACUAGAUUUUUAUAUAGGAUUAGUUGAAUUAUUAGGCCGUAUGUCUUUUCAGCUGACAAAUAAAAACACUUUAAUGUUAGAUCCUACUUGGGAACAUCAUCCAUAUAAGAGUCCUUAUAAAACUUACGCAUCAGAGGCUAGAAAACAGAUAAUGCAAUAUUAUAAUACACACAUCAAACAUCCAACUUCUAAAAAAGAUACUGACACAAUAGUUUAUCCUGUAAUUGAAUUUCCUCCAUUUGACAUACACCAUGACAGUCAAACAACCAAUCUUCUUAUGAGUAAUGCUGAAUUGGGAUCUACAAUGCACAUGGCCACUGGAUACUUCAACAUACCAGAUAUUUACACAAAUUCUAUGUUCCAUAAAUCAUUGGCUAACUUCAAAAUAUUAUUUUCCCAUCCAAUGGCCAAUUCGUUUCAACAAGCUAAAGGACCUGCUGGAUUUAUACCAACUGCAUACAGUUACCUCACAAAUACUUUUUUUGAUAAAGUUGAAAAUCUCAAACUUCAUGAACGUAUCUCUUGUUUUGAAUAUCAAAGAACUGGAUGGACAUUUCAUUCCAAGGGUUUGUGGUACACUCCAAACAAUUAUGAAUUGCCAGUACUAACAGCUGUUGGUUCUUCAAAUUAUGGUGCCAGAUCAUUGAAUUGUGAUUUAGAAUCACAAUUGAUAAUUGUAACAAAUAACAAAAAAUUGCAGCAAAACUUUCAUACAGAGAAAAAUUACGUUUAUGAAUCAACAUCAUUAUAUAUUCCAGAGGGUGAAUUUAAAGCACCUCUUUGGGUACGAUUAGUUUUAAGAGUGUUUAAAAAUUAUUUUUAACUAUUUUAUUUUUUUGUCAAAAAUAUAUUUCAUUUAAAAGUAUA